AUGGAUAUCAACAGCGGCAAUUUUUCAGAAGAAGUCAUCAAGAUAAUUCAGCAUAUCGCCACCAGCCGUUUCAUCGCCCUUGAUCUGGAGUUCUCUGGUGUUGCUGGGAGGCGUGGGGGUAGUUCAGGCAAGCUUGAUUUGCACGACUAUUAUCAAGAUCUCAGAUCGGCGGCACAGAUGUAUCAAAUCUUGCAAGUUGGCUUGACUGUUGUCACUGAGGAUAUCGAGGAAGGACGAUAUGAGGUUCGACCCUAUAAUUUUUAUCUCAAUCCACUACCCACAACGAAAGAAUCAGUUUUUGCUCGAGUAUGGUCGUAUAAUAGUGGUGCAAUUUCUUUCCUGCUUCGCAAUGGCUUCAACAUCGAUAAGCCCUUUCUACAGGGCAUCCAUUACCUUUCUCGGCAAGAGGAGGAUCAAGUGCGCAAGAAACUGAUCGAAGACGAACAGAUGAGAUCGAAUAUGCCAGACAUGAAACUCAAGGAAGAAGAUACGUUCCUGGUAGAACACGUCAGGCAGUCGAUCGAUGAGUGGCAAACCUUGGCCAAGGGCAAGCAGCAAUCCUAUCUCAAUAUCCCGAAAGAGGAUGCCGAAGACCCCAUACCUUCCGUCUUGAAUCGCUAUCAGGUUCGACUAACACAUCAGAUCGUUAGAAACGAAUAUCCGAACCUCAAGACGCAAGGAAUGGGUCAUUUUGUCCAGGUCACCAAUCCGACCAGCAAACAACAAGCUAAUGAGAAACGAGAGCGCGAGGAGAAACGUGAAGCAGACAUAGCGAAUGCUAUUGGAUUCCGUUGGAUCUUGGAGGCCAUUAUCGGCGGCGACAUCUCCAAACUUCCACACCUUUAUGUGGUAGCUGGAUUUCCGCCGGAAGAUCAGCCCAAGGACGUCCAGGCUUUUCUCAACGAGCUCCAGAAUAAACUGCGAAGCCAAUCCCGAGCUCUUGUCGGCCACAACUGCUUAACAGAUGUCAUGAAUUUGUACCGGUGUUUCGUUGGCGACCUCCCCGAGACAAUACAAGAUUUCAGCGCAAGGCUACGAGAGCUGUUCCCUGUCAUCAUUGACACCAAGUAUGUCGCCGGCCUAGGCAACAAGCGGUGGGCCGACACAUCCCUAAGAGCUGUGGAACGCGACUUGGAUUCUGUGACGCUACCUGAGGUACAUUUACCGCUCCACUUCGACCAAUACGUUUACGCUGCCAGCUAUCACGAGGCUGGGUAUGAUAGCUUUGUGACUGCCAAGAUUGGGCUGAGGCUACCUACCAAAUUGAGGAGAGAACAAAAAGAUGUCGAAUCUGUGGGCAAGGGCCCUGCUUUAAUAAUGGAAGAAGAGACCAGUGCUUUGUCGCCAAAAGACGCUGCUCAAACAACAACUGAAGCCCAUGCAAGGCAGGAUGGCCAGAAGCAAGGCAUGACACAAUCACUCGCCGACAUGAUCAAGGCCCCAGUAAGCACGGUCAAGUCUAUGCUGACAGGAGUGCCAAGCACGGUCGACCAAGUUUCCACCGUGCAUGCUGCAGGUGGGUCAUCACACAUGGAAGCAGAUGAGAAAAGGGGCAGCGGCAGAGUUGUUGCAACGAGGGACAGAGUUAAGCCACAUCCAGUAUCCAACGACGAGCUCAAGAAACUGAGGGUUAUAUCAAAGAAAGCCAAUAUCUUUGAUAUGCUUGAAGACGACCCCACAGAAGCCUCAGAGGAGCAAUUACAGACUAAUGAACAGCAGAGGAUUGCAAGCUUGGUGGAGGAAGGCCGACUGUUGCCGAGAUGGGAGGAGGAUGCGGAAUUUUGGCAGCUCCUAAGCAACAAGUUGCAGGCAAACGCCACCCAACAAGGGAUUUUGGAUCUUACGAAGCAUUGA